UUUUUUUAACCUCUUAUCUACAAUCCACAGAGGACAAAUCCCUCGCUUGCCGAGAGACCAAGGACUGCAUCAGAAAAUGUUGAGCCUAUCCAUUGCGUCUCCGACGACAGUCGCUUUCCCUCCGAAAUCUACGUCACCGAUUCUCAAAUCCUCCUUCAAUGGCGUCAAAAUCAAGCAAGUCUAUCCCAUACGUUCGGCAUCUCAACCGACGUCGUCUCGAAGUUCCUCGGUGGUGAUGAUGGCGAAGAGAGAAGAAGAAAUGAAGGAAAUUAUAGCCAAAACGACUGAAGAAAUCAAUGAAGAGGUAGUCGACCUUAAAGGUGAACUCUUCAUGCUCCGCCUCCAAAAAUCUGCUAGGAAUGAGUUCAAGUCCAGCGAGUUCCGUCGCAUGCGCAAGAGGAUUGCACGCAUGCUUACUAUUAAAAGAGAAAGAGAGAUUGAAGAGGGAAUCAACAAGAGAUUGUCGAGGAAGUUUGAUCGGCAAUGGAAGAAAAGCAUUGUUGUAAGACCACCUCCAUCCUUGAAGAAGUUACAAGAGGAAGAGGCAGCAGCAGAAGCUGAGAAAUCCACAUAAUUGAGAUAGCAUGGUAUCAAAUACUUCCUGUUUUCCGGUGCUCAUUUUUCUCCUGAAAGGAGGAUGGUCCUGCAGCUGUGGAGAUGCUCAAUGAAGAUUCAUUCCCAGUUUUUUUCCUCUUUACUUACCUUUGUUGUCGCAACUGUUCAAUUUUCGUGUUUUAAUUUUGUAUAAAUUUUGCUGGUUCAUUUGCUGCUAUGGUAUUUGUUUCCCAGAGCUUCUUGGAUGCUAACAUGGAUAAGGCAAUGGCAGAUGGUGGUGCUAUAGGGCAGAUAAAAGUACUUGAGCUUAUGAUGGUGGGUGCUAGAUUUAGGUAGAUGAUGUGCAAGCGAUUCUUUGCUCCUUUCUUAAGUGUAAUGCAUUUGUUAUAACCCGAUACUAUCCACUCCUUAAUUUGUUGUAUAUGAAAUGUUCUCUCUCUCUCUC